UUUUGUUUUAUGGUGUAGAAGAAACAGGAUAAACUGCUUUAGUACACCAGUCUCAGAAGCAAAAGAAAAAAGUAAAGGUCACAGUCUCAUCAUGCCCCCUUUUACCUUCCUCAUCUGUUCCUAUUCUAUAUCACCUCUUUCCUUAAAUCUAGUGAAUUUUCUUAGUAAUCUAUUGUUUCUAACCACCCCAUCCAAAUUUGCUUAUGAAAAAACAGCACUUCUCCUCCUUUAUUCACUUCUCCUCACUUAUCACCAGAGACAUCAGUAAGAACUUUACCAGGCUACCAGGAAAUAACAAAACAAGCCACUGAAGAGGUUGUACACCAACUCCUAGAGAUCAUUAAGCACAGGCUUGAGAUAUGAAAAUCACAUGCAUCACCAUCUCAUUUUGGCUAGUCUCCAUGCUACUACUGGACAAGAGCCAGACUUCUGAAACAGAAAUCAAAUGUAAUUUCACUGAAAAGAAUUAUUCUUUGAUUCCAGUGGAUAUCAAUAAAGAUGUUACUAUACUUGAUCUCAGUUAUAACCAAAUUACUCUCAACAUUACAGACACAAAGGUUCUACAGAAGUAUUCUUCACUCACUGAGCUCUACUUGAUGGAAAAUAAUAUUACUAUCUUACAUAAUAAUAGUUUCCAAAGCCUCUCCAAUCUAAAAAUUUUAAAUAUUUGUAAAAACUCCAUCUAUGUAAUUCAACAUGAUGCAUUUGUAGGCUUGGAUAAACUCAAACAGUUGUAUCUAUGCCAAAAUAAAAUAAAACAACUGAAUCCUCAUAUAUUUGUGCCUCUAAAAACCCUGACACUUCUGAGUCUACAAGGCAAUUUCUUAAGUUAUUUUGACGUACCACAACUAUUUCAUCUGGAAUUAAUAAUGUUAUAUGAAAAUCCAUGGAACUGCUCCUGUAGUAUAUACAAUUUGCAGAACUGGUUGAACACAUCAAAUGUGACACUAGAAAAUGAGAACAUCACCAUGUGUAUCUACCCAGAUACCCAGAAGAGCUACAAUAUCAAAACAGUACCCCAUGCAGCUGAAUGCUCAAAAUUCACUUCAUCUGUAAUGGAAGACCUUUAUAUUAAUUUUCAGUUCAUUAGCAACUCAACAUUUAAUAGCUCUCUGAAUAACUUAACAGGAAAUUCAGAACAUGAACCUCUUGGAAAAAGUUGGGCAUUUCUUGUUGGUGUUGUUAUCACUGUACUGAUUACUUCACUCCUUAUUUUUAUGGCUAUCAAAUGCCCAAUAUGGUAUAAUUUUCUAAUUAGUUACAACCAUCAUCGCCUGGAAGAACAUGAAGCAGAAACCUAUGAAGACGGUUUUACUGGAAACCCAAGUUCUCUUUCACAGAUACCAGAUACAAACUCUAAAGAUACUAUAGUGAUAUUUGAACAACUGCAUUCAUUUGUGAUAGAUGAUGAUGGGUUUAUUGAAGACAAAUAUAUAGAUACCCGUGAAUUACGUGAAGAAAAUUAAUUUUCUAAGUUUGAUUUAAAAAAUAUUAUCAGUCCACUUAAAAUUUAGAGAUGGAGAUUCUGAACCAAACAAUAGCUAGUAGAGCUUUACAUAAAUUAGAACAUACAUAAAUACCCUAAAAUUAUGUUUUUCUCAUUGUUUUAAGCAAGAAGUCAAAAUAUAGUAGUAGCUAACACUCUUGGAUGUAACAGUCUAUAAUACCAGCAACAUUAUUCUUAGCAGUAUUCAGGAGACCACAGAGUCUAGUAAAGGAAAUUAUCCAAGAAUUAUAACAGAUUCUCAUGUAACAGAUAUUUGAUGUAAUAUGUAUUAACAUUAUACUAAAGUUCAAAUCAGUGAAGAAAUAAAGUUUUUGGACUUAAGCCAUUAUAGGUCAAAGUAACGAACAGAGAUAGCUUAAGCUAUGUACUAUAUACGAUCAACUUUAUGCUCACAGAGUGAAUUCCUGGAGUUGAAGAAUAUUUUUAAAAAUAGGUCCUGAAUUAGCAAAAUAAAUUUUCUUAAAAUUUAGUAGUAGUUUAAAACACAGGAAUAGUGUUCAGGAAAAAUCCCUAGUAGGUUAAUUAUGAUUUCAGUGAUACACAAUGUCGUCAUAAAACAUGAUUACCACAAUUUAAUAUCAUGUUGGCUUCCAAAGUGGGCAUCACAAUGAUGUAUGAAUCUUGUUUUUAAAAAUGGAUAUUUCUCUCUCUCUCUGGGAAAAUUUAUUCCAAUGCAUCUGUGCUCGGGCUACAGGAUCUUCAGGUGAUAGAUACAGUAAUGUUUGCUGAAUUGCUUUCUGUAACACUAAUUUCCAGAGAGACAUUAAGUACUUACAGGAAAAUAAAAAUAAGUAUGGUCAAAUUACUACAGCAAACACUAGGUUUGAAUAAAAAGAAACAAAAUGCUUAACUAAACUACUCUGUGAUCAUUCAAGAUCUAAGUAUUAAGAAGUGCUAAAGUUACCUGACAACAAAACCCUUUCUUUGAGGUAAAUGUAAUAAGAACUCAUAACACAAUAAUAGUCCAAGAAACAGCAGAGAACACUGACCUUGAGAAUAAUAGGAAAGGUCUAUCUGAAGUGAAUUAUUUGCCAUUCCUUAUAAUCCAUUGGCAGCAAUCCUAACUGUAAUAACAUCAUUACUAACAGUGACACUCAAAACUGUAGCAAAAUCUAUUAAUUUUUAUCUUCUAUAAAUGAGGAAAUUAAAUGUAUUUAUAUCUUUAGAGAUAAACAUAUUACUAAAACAGUGAAAUAUAUUUACAGAUGAAAUGAUAUGGGAUUUUCUUCAUCAUAAUAUAUAGAUGGGAAUAGCUGCUACAGUUGUGGAUAGAGCAGAGUUGGAUAUGAACUGAAGGGAGCUGGGGAUGUACACAGAGUUAUAAUACAAUAUUUUGAUGUAUGUUAAUUUUCCCUAUAAUAAAAAUUUUUAAAAAGUGUAUGUACUUGAAUUUCUUUAAAAAGAGAGACUAAAAAUAAUGCACAUCUAUGCCACAAUCUGCAAAACAGCCAUUUUACAAGCUGUAGAAAGGCAGGCAUUGGUCCAGCAGUUGGGAGACCACUUAAGAAACUCCAUACUGGAAUGCCUGGUUCAAGUUCCAGCUCCACUUCAGAUUCCAGCCUCCUGUUAACAUGUACCCUGAGAGGCAGCAAGUAUGUAAGACCCACUUAUGUGCAAGACCUGUGAUAAGCUCCAGGCUCUUGGCUUUUACCCAGUCAAGCCUAAGCAUUUUGGACAUUUGGAAAGUGAAUCAGUAAGUAGAAGAUCUCUCUGUCUCUGUCUCUGACUCUCUGCCUUUCAAAUAAAAAUGAAAAUAAAAUAAGCUACAUAAAUAAUAAAUUCAGUUUAAAUGUCUAUUGAAUCUGUUUAAGAUCUGUUUAGCAUGAUGUAUCCUGUGAAGCAGAUUUUACUUAUUAUAAUGCAUACUUGCUGCAUGUAUAGAAAUGUGUUUAAAUAAAGGGUAUAAAUUUUUAAGUUUACUAUUUCUUUACAUAUAAUAUCAAUUAUACAUUAUUUUAAAUACCAAUUAUAAGAAUGAUUAUGGGAACACCAUGCUUCUUUUUCUAAAUAAUCAUUCUACCAAAAUGUCACUUCUUAAUUAUAUGGUGCAAAUAUUUAUAACUGAGAAAUAUAGUAAAAUAAACAUAAAUGAGUGAACAUCAUAUCUAAUACCUUCCAUUUAAGAGAAUCUUAUCAUUGAAUAUUGAAUAUUCAAUAAUGAUCUGUCUAAACGAAAAAAGGGUAUAAAAUUAUUAUCAUGUGCACUUUCAAAGACAACUAACUUUGACUAAUAUCCAACUACCAAAUGUAGAUAUCAGAAUUAGAAGAGAAUCAUUUGUUCAAACAGGCAUGUUAAAAUUAAUUAGAUGCCUAACUAUUAAUGAUGUAAGAAGACGUUAUACUAUAACCAACUUAUUAUGGAAGGGUUUUCCAUAAUAAAUCAGGUGAUUAUACCAUACUAAAUGGAAAGAGAAGUAUGAAAACAGAAGCUUUUUCUACCAGCCUUCCCAAAGGGUAUCAUUUCCUGAUCCUUUUGAAAGUGCAGAGUCAAGAUAGGAUCCUUCUGUUACUCAAACACUGAUCACCUGGCUAACACAAGAAAUAAAUCUAUCUUCCUGCUGUAUAUAAAAGUAAAUUUCAUAACUUUUACUCUUUUUUUUUUUUUUUUUUUUGACAGGCAGAGUGGACAGUGAGAGAGAGAGACAGAGAGAAAGAUCUCCCUUUGCCAUUGGUUCACCCUCUAAUGGCCACCGCGGCCGGUGCGCUGGGCCGGCGCACCGCGCUGAUCCGAUGGCAGGAGCCAGGUACUUAUCCUGAUCUCCCAUGGGGUGCAGGGCCCAAGCACUUGGGCCAUCCUCCACUGCACUCCCUGCCCACAGCAGAGAGCUGGCCUGGAAGAGGGGCAACCGGGACAGAAUCCGGCGCCCCGACCGGGACUAGAACCCGGUGUGCCAGCGCCACAAGGCGGAGGAUUAGCCUAGUGAGCCACGGCGCCGGCCCAUAACUUUUGUUCUUAAUCUACAUUUCUCCCCAGAAGAGACAGGCAAGCUUAUUUCACUCAGCUUUAAUUACAAACUGCAGAUAUAGUUUUCAAAUUGGUCAGUGACACUCUCAGGACAAAUUAUCAUGUUUUUCCUUAGUCAAAUGAACCAAAUGGACAUACAAAUUUUGAAGGAUCUUAAACUUAUAAUCUGGGAAUGUUUUUGUAUGAAGUAUCUGUAAAACAUGUAAAUCUGAUCUGUGUAUUACAGACUUUGAGAUAAAUAAUGAAAUAAAAGGGACUUAAAUGUUCUAAACUCUUCAAGGUGUUCAGAGAGUUAUACCUUAUAUAUUUCUUAUUUUUUAUGGUUCCUAGGAGUGUAUCUCUACACAAUAAAUGAUAGUUAUUUGCUAAGUGGUUUAAAAACCAGGAAAAAAAAUUCAAGGAAGAGUCUGGUUACUAUGAAUGGAAAUUUCUUUGUUAAAGGAAAGGGACUGUUAAUAUUUUCAAUUUUUUUUAAAUAUUAAGCAUGCAAUUUGUUGAAUGUGUUCUUUUUUUUUUUUACUUUUUUAAAAAUGAUUUUAUUUAUUGAUUUGACAGGUAGAGUUAGACAGAGAGAGGCAAAGACAGAGAGAAAGGUCUUCCAUCCACUGGUUCACUCCCCAAAUGGCCGCAAUGGCUGGAAGUGGGUGGAUCUGAAGACAGGAGCCUGGAGCUUCUUCUGGGUCUCCCACAGAGGUACAGGGGCCCAAUCACUUAGGCCAUCUUCCACUGCUUUCCCAGGCCAUAGCAGACAGUUGGACUGGAAGAGGAGCAGCCAGGACUUGAACCAGCACCCAUAUGGGAUGCCAGCACUGCAGGCAGAGGCUUAGCCCGCUAUGCCACAGCGCUGGCCCCAGUAUUUUCAACUCCUAAGAAAUCACUUUUCAGCCAUAUCAAAUGAUAGAUGAGGGGAGAGGGAGAGUUCUUUUUAUCUUUCAAAUGCUUUAUUGCUUUAUUAGUAUAUUUUAACAUCCUAUUCUUCAUUGAAUAUAUACUAUUUAUUCAGAACUAACAUAACAGUGUAUUUGGUAUUACCAUAUUUUGGUAAUUUUAGUUAAUUACUAUCAUUGCUCUCAAAGAGAUUAUAAAUAUUCAAAGAGAUAAUAUUAUUAAAUUUCUGGAAUGGCAUGUGAAUGUGUGUG